CGAUGAGCCAAGGGACGGUCCAGGAUCUUCAUAAUGGGGAGUACCUGCUUCUUGGAUGGAUUGUAUCCAUAAUUCAGUCUCUCCCGCCUACAUGUAAAUAACCUGCCCUCUCCUCUCCAGGGUUUUUCUUCUCUCGCAUCAAGGAAACCUACUCGUCAGCCGCCUUUUUCUCCGUCCAUCCGACAAACUGACUGCACCUGACGGGAUCGGGAGGCCGCUGGCUAGCGCCUCGGAGCUCUCCACUGCGAACGCUAUGCCCGGGCUACUUCCCAUGAAGGUGAUAAAAGUUGGCAACAGCUCGCAAAGUCGAGUUGCUCAGGCGUGUGAUCGGUGCAGAAGCAAGAAGAUUCGCUGUGAUGGGAUUCGGCCGUGCUGCUCGCAGUGUGCCAAUGUCGGAUUUGAAUGUAAGACCAGCGAUAAGCUGAGCAGGCGGGCCUUCCCGCGAGGAUACACGGAGUCCUUGGAGGAGCGUGUCCGGUCGCUGGAGGCGGAGGUGCGGGAGCUCAAAUGCCUGCUGGAUGAGAAGGACGAGAAGAUUAAUAUGCUUUCACGGCUACCUUCAAGUUCACCAACAUCAAGAAAGUCGCCGCCUCGCUCAUCCGACCCUGCCGUGAUGCACCGUUGCAAUGACUCGUCCACAACUACGCAUCGGGAUGAACUUAUUCACGUCCAGAAUGCGUCUUCGUUGAGAAAGCCGAGUCAGGAUUCGCCUUUCAUGGGUCCGUCGAGCACCAGGGCUUUCUUAGAUGCCUUCGCAAGCAAACUCGAGAGAAGUGGCCAGUCAUCGGCCCAUAUUUCCUUAGAUGCAACGAUUCCUCCUCCGUUACACACAUGGCCGCUUCAAGAUUCAAGACUGAAAAUGCCGCCUCGACUUGUCUCAGAUCAGCUACUCAACAUUUUUUUCCAAGAAUGGGCACCUCUCUAUCCCGUUGUCCAUCGCCCAGAUAUCCUCAGAACCUACAGUCGAUACACAUCCAAUCCCCAGUCCAUAGAGAACGACAAGUACGCAUUAACCCAGCUAAACCUGAUUUUUGGAAUUGCCGUGGUUUCUUCAACUCCCCGCAUACCUCAGGACCCUGUCUUUUUCGAACGGAGCUGGAUCCCCAAACUCGAAGCAUUGUCCGAGGAUAUCUCUUUGUCUGCCCUUCAAUGCUAUGUUCUUGCAGAAAUUUACUACUCCCUGAAGUCGGAUUAUAGGACCCUCCUACGCUACAGAUCACUGGCAGUUGCCUUAUGUUUGCAACUUGGGCUUCACCAGAGCCAGAAGAGGUUUUCCUUCAAUCCGCUCAUGAGCGAAACGCGGAAAAGGGUGUUCUGGUGUCAAUACUCUCUUGAUCGGUUUGCAGCCGCCUUGACUGGCCUUCCGGUAUUGAUGGCGGAGUCAGAUAUCUGCACCGAAUAUCCGUCCGAUGUUGAUGAUGAGAAUGUGACUGAGACCGGCUUUAUCCCCACCCCCCCGGAGCAGUCGACUAGAAUAUCCAGUGCUUUGGCCUUGUUUUCAGCCUCUCGGAUUUUGAGCAAGGUCCUGGAGGAAUUGUAUCCCUCUCCCGCAGGCUACGAAAUCUCUUUACCCACCAUGCAUUCGCUUGCAGAGGAAUUGGAUGACUGGCUAAAGAAGCUGCCGUCCCAUCUUCGGGUCGAAUUCGUUCAAGAUAAACCCACUUCUGGCUUUACUAGCGGCCGCGCGCCUAUUCUGUCAAUUAUCUAUUAUUUUAUCCGCAUGUUACUCCGUAGACCCGCAGCUUGCUAUGGCAAACCAGAAAGUGCUUCUCCCUCGAUGCUUCCUCUCGUUGACUCCUCCAAACACAUUCUACAGCUGUUGAAACUGCUAGAAGAACGACGAAUGAGCCUAACUCUCUCCAUCAAUAAGCGCGAGCUCAUCGUUCUAUCCGGUCUCGGAGUUCUCUGGCAAAGCCUAGAUUUGAGUCCUGAUAGCAAGUUGGUCAAGGAAGGCCAAAAGUCACUCCAUGUGGCCAUGAGCCUUCUGGAAUGCGAAUCCGCGGAGGCUGCAGCCGAAUUUGGAGCGAUUGUGAGCAAUUUAUCGCCUGAGGAGGCGCAGAGACGAGCCAGUGGCGAAAACCUACAAUUGACGGCCGAUGUUCCGCCAUCCCCGUCGAGGGACACGUCGGCUAGAGACCAGCUGCUGCAACCGCUAAAGACACGAUUUUCUUUCUCCUCGGAAUCAGACAUAUCAACUUAUUCUAAAGAUAGCGUUCGCAGGUCGAACUGUACCGUUUCUUCUCCGGAGCUCUCGCGCAGUGUGCGAUCCUCCAGUCCACGCAGUGGAUGCUCAGAAAUGUCUGACCAAGCCAAACGAAAUAAGAGCGAGUGCCCUGCCAGUGGUUUGGGCAUGGACUAUCUGCAGCUUAACGGUGAGAAGAAGCAGGUUCCAGCAGCAUUUGGCGGUGGAAUGGAACUGUCCGAUUGGGAGCAUGUCCUGAGCGAUAUGGACAACGGGCAUGCGAAUAUCUACAACGGGAUAUACGGCGCCGGGGAAACUCCUGCAACGUUCGCCACUCUUCAUUCGGGUUAUCAGCGGCCGGCUCAGGCGCCACAGCAGCAGUCCUCCCCAAUGUCAGUGAUACCGUCAAUCCCUCCGGCGCAGCACGGAUGGCCGCAGGGGGGCUGGGGGUCAAACUCCGGUAACAGACCGGCGCCGAAUAAGCAUGGAGAAGUCCCCAGCACCCAGACGACAAUGGCGGACGCAUACGAAGCGAUCAUGAUACCCCACAACCUUGACACCAUGGACGAAAGCGGUGCAGACUUUGCGAUGACGGAUUCCUGGAUCCGGCAGUGCGUGAUGUGAUCCGAUAUGAUUUAUUUAUUCUCUUACUCGAAUUUGCGAGCCACAAGAGUUGGAGUUUUUGAUGGGUUUGUUUGGCUCCAUAUUAUUCAUACCUACAUUCAUACAUAUACAGUUUCAUGGUUGGGUUUGGGUUUGGCGCUCUCUGCUGGCGUUGUUGUUGGAACAUGAGCACUUGUUGCGAAGGGAGCAUGUAUAUUUCAUAAACCGGGCCAUUGCUGGCCGGAUGUACUGUGUACUCUGGCUUUGGAUCUGCGAUCGUUUUGCUCAGAUAUGGAUAUCCGAGCCAGAGAUUUGAGCUUUAUAGCUACCUCUCGUUUUUCCUUAUUUUCACUUUCUCUCUUUUUGGACCAUCAGGCUAUGACAGCUCCCAAAGUGUUUCAUACUUCAGGUGACCAUUUCAGUGUCUCAGUCUUUCCAGUUCGUGGACAAUCAUGUCU